AUGCCAGAUAGCGCAAACGUGCAAGUGGCAGACAGUAUAACGCCACUCCAACGUGUUUCUAUACGAUGUCCGCUCUUCAAUUCCGAACGACCACCUUUGUGGUUCGCCCAACUCGAGGGACAAUUUCAUCUCGCCGGAAUUUUCGAUGAAAUUACGCAAUACCACUACGCUUCCUCACACCUUGACGCCAAGGCCGCCGCAGAAGUGGAAGACCUUCUUUUGAAUAUUCCCACAGAAACGCCCUACACUCGCCUAAAAGGGACACUGAUCGAACGCCUUACGCUCUCUCGAGAAGCACGACUACAACAGCUUCUCGAUCGAGAGACCUUGGGUGAUAGAAAACCGUCGCAAUUUCUACGCCAUCUUAGAAGCCUCGACAACACCGUUCCGGACAACAUUCUUCGUACUAAGUGGCUUAGCAGAUUUCCGAUGUCAACGCAAUCCAUACUUGCAUCCCAAGCGGAUAUGAAUCUCGAUAAACUCGCGUCUCUGGCAGACAAAAUACAGCAGAAAUUAAUUCGCUCCAAGAAUCAACAACAACAUCCGCAAUAG